CACGUGAUCCUCAGCCCAACCCGGAAAUUUCAGUGCCUGUCUAAGAUGGAACCUACUGCCUCGGGUGUCUUCUGCAGCCGUGUGCUCAGCAUGGUGAACUCCGAAGAUGUAAAUGCUAUCAUCUUGGCUCAGAAGAACAUGCUUGACCGAUUUGAGAAAACCAACGAGAUGCUACUCAACUUUAACAACCUAUCUGGUGUCCGAAUGCAGCAAAUGAAUGAACGCUUCCUUCACCACACCCGGACAUUGGUGGAGAUGAAGAAAGAUUUGGAUAGUAUUUUUCGGAGGAUCAGGUACAUAUACCGCCUCUUUGGUCAUCCAGCCCUUCUCUUCCCCCAGGAGCUCCUCUUGUGGCUCCGAAAGUUUCAUCAACAAUUCCAGAGUUUUCUUCAGAACACGGGAUCUUGGGAAAGCAUAAAACCCCAUUGCUGA